AUGGAUAGAAGCCUGUAUCAAUGAUCAGUUGCCAGCUACCACUGAGGUAGAAGAAGGACUGAGAAAUGGAGUAUACUUGGCAAAAUUGGCACAUUUUAUGAAACCAGAUUUGGUGCCUUUAAAGAAAAUCUAUGAUAAAGAUCAAGAGAGAUACAAGGUCCGGGGAUUACAUUUCCGACACACAGACAAUAUCAACCACUGGUUGAGAGCCUUGGAGGAAUUGGGACUACCAAAUAUAUUCUACCCAGAAACCACAGACAUUUAUGACAGAAAGAACAUGCCCCGCGUUAUCUACUGUAUACAUGCUCUUAGUUUGUACAUGUUCAAGCUUGGAUUGGCACCUCAGAUUCAGGAUCUUUAUGGCAAGAUCAAGUUUACAGAGGAAGAAAUAAGUGCGAUGCGAAAGGAAUUGGAAAAGUAUGGUAUUCAGAUGCCUGCCUUCAGUAAGAUUGGUGGAAUCCUGGCUAAUGAGAUGCCAGUAGAUGAAGCCGCAUUGCAUGCUGCUGUAAUUGCCAUCAAUGAGGCCAUAGACCACCAGGUGGUGAAGGGGACCCUCUCUGCCCUGCAGAACCCCGCGGCUCACCUGACUGCUGUCAUACCUCAACACAUUGAGGACUACCAGGAGAUACUGCAUGCUGCCAAACAUACCAAAGCUGAAAAUGCUAGAAACAGGUCCCUAGACCCUGAUUAUGAAGCUGAUGUGUAUGAUGAGUUAUUGACUCAAGCAGAGAUCCAAGGGAAUUUAAACAAAGUGAACACCAUCAGGACAUUGGACAGGCUAAAUGAUGCCCUGAACAAACAAGACAUGGAUGCCUUGAUGAAACUGCUUCAAUCACCUCUACUCAAUCUGAGAGAUGUCAGUCCAGACAAAAAGGAGUUUUAUAUGGCCAGACUUAUCAAUGACAGAGAAACAAAAAUGAACAAUAACAAUGGAGAAGAAGUGAUCUUAGACAAGGAUGAGGUUCAGAAUGCCAUCUAUGAAGCCAACAAAGAAGCAGACUCAGAGUAUCAAAAAAUGGUAGCAGUCCAAGGCAUCAACAGUGCUCUGUCUGGAGAAGAUCCCCAGGCCCUGAUGAAGGCCUUAGCCAACCCUGCAGCCAUGUUACCACCAGUGCAUGACUUUGCAGCUAAUCUUUACUUUGAAGAAUUUGUGAACAUCAAGGAAGAGAAACAGGGUGAUUUAGAUUAUGAGGAGAUCUUUGGAGGAGUAAGAGUGCUGUCUAGCAUUGCCAAAAUCAACCAGGCCGUGGAAUCUGGAGAUCCUCCUCUCACCUUCACUGCCUUGAUGGAUAAGAAUGCACAUAUUCAGUUCCUGGAUGAAAACAACCAGACCAAAUAUCAAGAGAACCUGAAGGAAGCAAAGAGAGAGAAGGCUGAUGCUCCUAAUGAGUUGUUGACUCACUUUGAGAUACAAGAGUGUGUGGACAAUGUGAAUAGUCAGGUUCAGGAAGAACAUGAGAGAAUUAUAGCAGUAGGUUUGAUCAAUGACGCCAUUGAGCGAGGGGAUGCUGAAGGCACAUUGCAGGCCCUCCUGGCGCCCAGUGCUCAGUUGAAGGGGGUGGAGGCUCCCCAGGCGCUGCAUUACCAGAACCUGCUGGCCAAGGAGAAGAAACAGAAAGCAAAGGAAAUGGAUGAUGAUGGUGCACAGCUUUGGUAUGAAGACAUCCAAACAACUGUUUCAAAAGCUAAUAGAAAUGCAGAGGAAGGACAAAAAAUGUCAGUUGGUGUAGCUGCCAUUAACAUUGCCAUAGAAGAUGGAGAUCCAAAGAACUUGAUGAACACAUUAAACAACCCUGACGUGACUCUGCACAGUCUCACUGCAGAGUGUGAUGAGGGAUAUCUCAGUAAAAUGCAAGAAGCUAAGAAUAACAAGGCAGGAUCAGGUGACACAGGCAGUGGUUGGAUGAUGAACAGAUUGAAAGAUGGCAGCAAGUUCUACUUUAAUACCGACACUCUGCAGUAUGCCUGGGAGAGGCCAGAGGGGGUGGUCAAAGAUCACCUCUUACUUACCAGAGAAGAAAUUCAGAACAUUGUAACAGAAGUUACAGCAGGGCAUAAUAGAGAGCUGUUAUUUGCGGCCAAUGAACCAUUCAUUGUGAAGAUCCAGGCUCAGAUCAGAGGGUACUUGGUACGGAAACAGUAUAAUGAUAGGUUGGACUUCAUGAAAACACAACUGCCUGCCAUUACCAAGAUUCAGGCCUGGUACAGGGGUAACAAGCAGAAACAGAAGUACCAGACAAGGCUAGCUGAACUGAAGGAAGGAGAACCAGCUGCUGUGAAGAUCCAAGCUGCAGUGAGAAUGCACCAAGCCAGAAAGAAAUACCAAAAACAGAAAGACUAUUACAAGAAAAAUGAACCCAAGAUCGUCCAAAUUCAAGCAGCCUGGAGAUCUAGUAUGGCCAGACAGGACUACAAUAAACUCAUGCACUCUGAGAAUCCUCCUGUUGGUGUGGUCAGAAAAUUUGUCCACUUGCUGGACCAGAGUGAUAUAGACUACAGUGAAGAGAUUGAGCUCCAGAAUCUGCGCCAGCAAGUGGUGACAGCUAUCCGCUCUAAUCAACAGCUGGAGCAGGACUUGGACCAGAUGGACAUUAAGAUUGGACUUUUAGUGAAGAAUAGAAUAACACUACAGGAUGUAAUCUCACAUGACCGAAAACUCAAAGACUACAAAGAAAACCCUGCGGGUGCAGUCAGCAAAGGGCUGAAGUCUCUGAGCAAAGAGAGCAGGGAAAGACUCGAGGCCUACCAGCACUUGUUCUACCUGUUACAAACCAACCCAACUUACCUGGCUAAGUUGAUCUUUGAGAUGCCACAGAGCCGGACCACCAAAUUCAUGGAGUCGGUUAUUCUUACACUGUAUAACUAUGCAUCUAAUCAGCGGGAGGAGUAUCUGCUGCUCAAGUUGUUCAAGACUGCGUUAGAAGAGGAGAUAAGACGAGGAUCAUCCAAAGUGGACAAGAUGAGUGAUAUUGCUACGGGUAACCCACUGGUAGUCAAAAUGAUUGUGUCAUUCAACAGAAAUGCUAGAGGUUACUGCUCUUCUCUCCGAGAGCUGCUGAACCCACUGGUGACUAAGGUGAUAGAGGACCGUAAGCUGGCCAUAAAUACCAAUCCUACCGAGGUGUACAAGGCGUGGGUGAACCAAAUGGAGACAGAAACUGGGGAAACUAGUGGCUUGCCAUAUGAUGUGACCACAGAGCAGGCCCUGGAACAUGAGGAAGUGAGAACCAGGCUGGAGCAGUCUGUGGCAGAUCUGAGGGUGGCAACUGAUAUGUUCCUGCAGCACAUCUUGGCAAAUCUAGAUAAAAUACCCUAUGGUAUGCGCUACAUGGCCAAGGUCAUGAAAGAUGCACUCCAUAACAAGUUUCCAGAGGCAGCUGAAAAAGAUGUUCUGAAAGUGAGCAAGAAAGCACCAGGGGAAGGUGAAACUGACAGCGCCAACAAAGCCCAGUUAGCAAAACAAACCAUUCUGCUGACCCUGUCCAAUAAGUUUGAGGUGCCAGACACUGACCAGACUGACACUAAGAAUUUACUGAUAAGAACAAAACGAAUGAUAGUGGAUGUGAUCCGCUGUCAGCCUGGAGAGACGCUGACCAAGAUUCUGAACACUCCAGCCACUGAGGAGCAAGAGGAGGAGCAUGCAGCUCUGAUCAGGAAAAGAGAUAAGGUGGACGAAAGAGCCACUGCCAAGGAUGCUGGUUUGCUGCGACAAAAGUCAAUAAUGGACGACACGAGGAUUCCUUUGGAGGCUAUGAAGGCAAAAAUAAAAAAGAAUCUUCACAAUCUAGUGCUGGCUAAUGUUGUGUCCCAUAAAGAUCACUAUCAGGCCAUCAUCAAUAUGAUAGUACAGGACAUUCGCAACCAGAGAAUCUAUCGCCAACGGCGUAAGCAAGAGAUGAUGCGAAUUAAAGAAACCCUUAAGGCUUUGAAUACUAAGAGAGCUUUCUUUGAAGAACAGAUUGACUACUACAAUAAAUAUGUAACAACAUGUCUUGACAAUUUGAACAAGAAGGGAAAGAGAACCUCUAAAAGAUUCAGUUUGUUUGGUGGAAAUGAAUCAGACGUGAAACAUCAGACUAUAAAGUACAGCGCUGCCAAGCUGCAUGAAAAGGGAGUCCUGUUGGAAAUAGAAGCAUUGCCAACCAACCAGUUCAAAAAUGUCCAGUUUGAAAUGGCUUCAACAGAUGUCCCUGGAACAUUUGAUGUUCAUGCCAAACUGCUGGGUGUCCAGCUGGACAGUGUAGAGUUGGUCUUCCAGGAUCUUCUGCAGCUGCAGUACGAGGGGGUAGCAGUCAUGAAAAUGUUUGAUAGGGCAAAGAUCAAUGUAAAUCUCCUCAUUUUUCUGCUCAACAAGAAAUUUUACGGGAAAUAAAUCUGAAAUGAAAGAAAGACAUCUCAAUGGAUCAUACAAAUAACUGUCAGAUCUGAAUAUAAGGAAUGCAGUCAAGAUUCUAAGAUGCUUGUCUAGGCAUGAUGGACGCUUUGUUAUUUGUAAAGAAAUACCAUAUAUCUUAUUUCCAUAAAAACAGGCUUGUACCAUUCCACAUAGAUGUAAAACAUUCUUAUGAUAUUAAAACAGAUAUACCAUUACAGUAGUUGUAUAUCCGUUAUAUUUUAGAUGAAUUGCAAAUGUAUUUGUAUGUAUUCUUUGUACUAUAAUGUACUGAAUCUCGUGAUUGCUUUUAUAGGUAUUUAGGAUAUUGAGCAGAAUUGGGAUCAGAGGGCAAACUAUGUAUGGUAUAUAUGAGUACAUGUAUUUGUAGCAAUAAUAUAUGGCGGGAUAAUAACUUUUAUAUAGGGAUAGAUUGCAUGCUGAUCUGCAUGUUUAGUUAAUUAAAUUAUGAUAUUUAUAUAUUUUUCUUUUUUAUUUUUGAAUAUCACAUCAGAGAAGAUAAUAGGGGAAAUUUUUGUAGUUCAUUGUAGUGCUCAUUUGGUUUGUUGUUCAGAUUACGCAAAUUUUUAUGUGAUCACUUUGGAGUUGGUAUAUUGUGAUAAUAUUCAGUGGGUGAUAAAAGUAAGGAAAGGAACUUUGUCUGGUUUAUGGGAUCAUGACAUGUAAAAAGUUUUUCAUUUUUUAUUUUUUGUUCAGCGUAUAUAACACUGGACUUGCUGCAGUGAUUCUUCUUCAUUCAUGGUGUUUCACUGAUCAGCUGUUGCAUUCUCUACCUGGGAAUAGGUUACAAAGUUGAUUAAGAUAUCCAAUUUGGGACCAGAUGCCAAGUUUUUCUAAUAUUCUGCGAUAUAUAUCUACAGCUCUACACAAAUCAGUUGUAUUGCUUAAAUGCAAGCAUCUGUUUAUUUAUUUAUUUUUACUUGAAAAGAUCUGUUGUGGCAUUAAUUGCUUAUUGAUAGACAUUUCCAAAUGUUCUGUAAAGUUUUCCUAUAAAUGCAUGUAGCUGAAUUCUGUACUUAUCCUUAGUUUGUUUUCCAUCUAACAGAAAACAUUUAAUUUUAGAUUCUGUGCUUUCCAAUAACUCAAACCUGUUUUUCAACAUAUAGAAUAAUUGAGAUUCACUGUCAUUGUCAUUAAGUGAAAGAUUAAUAUAAUAGUUUUUGUUGUCUAUCUCAUACUGUAAGAAUGCUUUAUAAGCUUAAUUAUGUAAUAUUCAGAAAAUCAGUGAAAUCUUUAAAAUAGUUCUUAAAAACCUAUGUGGGAGAUGUGUUGUGCUACAGUAAGCUGGUGCUUUAAGAAGCACAUAGCUCUAUUCAUGUAUAACAUUCCUGGUUAAUUAUGUUUUGGAUAUCAGUUAAUUGUUGACAACUUGGAGCAUCUUUUUUUCUGAGAAUUCUUGUCUUAAAGUAACAUGAUUGAAAAGAGCUGUUGCACAAAUGAAACAUUUGACAAAUACAUUCACACGGUUUUACUCCAGUUUUGCUCCAAACAGCCAUUAAACAUUGUUUUUUUCUUUUUUUUCCUCGCUUACCAUCUAAAUACUAUUGUGUUGUUGUCUGAGUGAAUGUGACCGUUGAGAGAAUUGAUUUGAAUAAGCCACAUACUACAUGUGUAAAACCUAAGACAAGAUGAAUAUGCUCCACUCCUAGUAAGGCAUGUAAUUAACUUGUGAUUGACCUGGAUCAGUUUUGACUGAUGGUAAAGAGAAGUAGAAGCAUUGAAAUGGAAGGAUUGUUCUUUUGAGCGUGGCAUUCAAGACAUGUGCACGAAAGGAUGUAACUGCCUUUGCAUGUCUAAACCAAAGGAUGCUCUCUAAUCUGUAUCAUUAAUACCAUUUUGCAGGAUAUAUGAUCUGAUAGUAAAAAUUUUGGAAAUUGUAUACUUUUCUAGAGCUGAUAAUAUUUGGAAGUGGAAAAGGGACCAAAGUGCGGAAAUUGACGAAGAAUCUGCAGACUUUUAGAAUAAAUUAUUGAUACCGUCUAAAAGUAUGGGAUAAAGGCAACACAUUUUGGCAGAUUGUCAGGUUUUAAUUGAAUUUCAUUGCAGCAGUAAGUCUUCAAUCACAUCAGUACAAUGUAGCUGUAGAAUAUAGUGCAGAUUGUAGGAAGUACUUAUUGAUUUUCUGACUGUCUGGGGACUUUAUUCUAGUAUGAUCCUCUAAGUCUUGUUUCUAUAUUGAACCACUAGCUGGGUCCUGCUUAAAGGGCAUGAUCUCUAUUUAGUGUGCAUACAUCUAUUUUAAUAAAUACACUGUAUAUAGAUGUCAUUCUGUAUCAGCCAGAAUAAAAGCUUGUACUGUAA